GACUAGUAACAACAUGCCUUUUCAUGAUGUAUUCUUUGCUUUUAAGUAUCAAUAUGUGAAUUAUUCACACAGGCUGCAAUAAUUGUGUGUUUUUUUGGUGGCAGGAACUUGGGAAAUUUUGUCCAUGGGUCGUAAUACAAAUUAUGCACGUAAUAUGCUUCUAAAUGACUCUGAUUCCGAUGAUGAUUUUGAGAUAAUUGCGCUUCUUGCAUUGGAAGAAGAAAGAUUAGAAAAAGAAAGGGCAUCAAUAUCACGUCGUGGUUCUGUUCCAGGCCGUAGGUGUAUCCAACGUGAUCAUGAGCAAGGCCACCAAAGACUUUUUCAAGACUAUUUUGCAGAAUCACCAGUAUAUCCUCCUAACAUAUUUCGGAGGAGGUUUCGAAUGAGUCGUUCUCUUUUUUUACGUAUUAAAUCUAAUCUAGAAGAGAAAGAUGAAUAUUUUGUUCAAAAAAGAAAUGCUACCGGAUUGCUUGGUUUGUCUUCCCUUCAGAAGAUGACUGCCGCACUAAGGAUGCUUGCGUAUGGAGUAGCGGCAGAUUUUACAGAUGAAUAUGUGAGAAUUGGAGAAAGCACUGCAAUAGAGAGUCUCAAAAAAUUUGUUGAAGCCAUAGUCGAUAUUUAUUCUACAGAGUACUUGAGGUCUCCAAAUAGCAAUGACAUUGCUAGGUUGCUAAGAGUUGGUGAAAGGCGUGGAUUUCUAGGGAUGCUAGGAAGCAUUGAUUGCAUGCACUGGAAAUGGAAGAAUUGCCCAUCAGGGUGGAAAGGUCAGUAUACUGGUCAUAGUCGUGAGCCAACAAUUAUUUUGGAAGCAGUAGCAUCAUAUGAUCUUUGGAUAUGGCAUGCAUUUUUUGGAUUACCUGGGUCUCAUAAUGACAUCAAUGUGCUAGACCGUUCUUUUAUAUUUACCAACCUUGCUCAAGGUCGUGCACCUUCGGUGAAUUACUCAAUCAAUGGACAUGAUUAUACAAUGGGAUAUUAUCUUGCUGAUGGUAUAUAUCCUUCAUGGUCCACUUUUGUAAAGACAAUCUCCGUUCCACUGGGUAGAAAGAAUAGUCUUUUUGCUACAACUCAGGAGUCAACAAGGAAGGAUGUAGAGCGUGCGUUUGGAGUACUUCAAGCACGAUUUGCAAUCAUUCGUGGGCCUGCACGUCUUUGGAAAACAGAGGCUCUUGAUUACAUUAUGAAGGCAUGCAUAAUAUUGCAUAACAUGAUAAUUGAAGAUGAACGUGAUACUAAUGGAGCAGAAGACUUUGAUUAUGAACAAUUGCCUGAAAGCAUCCCUACAACAGUGUCCCAUGAGCCUGCAGAAGAAUUUAGUCAAUUUACGGCAUUCAUUGCAGCCCAUGAAAAAAUUAGAGAUACAGAAACUCAUUUUCAACUCCAAUUGGAUCUCAUUGAGCACUUGUGGCAACGAUAUAGUGAUUCGAUGUAAUUUGAAAUUUCUCUUCAUUUAUGUUAGUUUUCUAUAGGUAAAAUUCGAUGUAAUUUGAAAUUUAUCAUAUCUAUGUUAAUUUUGAAAUUUAUCAAGUC